CGACUAUCUUUAACCUCCACGAUUAAUCCUACCACCAGAGACUGUACCAUAUAUAAGUAUCAUGAGCCAGAGGAUUUCUAGAAUCAUAGUUUAAUCGUGGCUCGUACGUUCAGGUGAAUAUCUGGCGUAUUUACAGUGUCUGCUGUUUCGUGAGUUAUCGAAUAUCCUCGAGUAGCGAUAAGCCUAAGUAAAUAUAAAAUGUGAACGUUCUUUGUCUUAUAAUGAAAGCUAUGCAUCAAAUACUGAUCUGUCUGCUUCUUGUGAUUGCAAUCGUCUACGCGGUUGCUCGACCCGACGACUCGACCCAGAACAUCUUUUCCAAAAGUAUUACCUCUCCAGAGAAAUACCCAGAAAAAUUUGACCAUAUCAAUGUGGACGAAAUUCUGAAGAGUGAGCGCUUGUUAACUAAUUAUUACAAGUGUUUAUUAGACGAAGGAAGAUGCACUACUGAUGUAAAUGAAAUCAAAAAGAUCUUCCCCGAAGCUUUGGCCACCGAAUGCCUGAAAUGUACUGAAAAGCAAAAAGAAAUUGUCAACAAGGUGGUCACCUUCUUGAUCACGAACAAGCCAAAAUUGUGGGACCAUCUGAUGAACAAGUACGACCCUGAAAACAAAUACAGAUAUAAAUACGAGGAGCAAGUGAAAAUGGCUGCUGCAGGAGCUAAUUAAACAUAAUUAUUCUAACAUAGGAAAUAGGACAAAUGCCAUUGCCCAUUCCAGAAAUUAUUCACGUCCGAAUAACAAUAAACAAGCGGACGCAGUAUUUAUUUGUAUAUGCAAAACAAGCGAAAACAAAAAAAAAGGAAGUAAUCUCGAGACGACGAAUAUGUAAUUUUAUAAUGCAAGAGAAGUAAAAAUUGAUUUGAGCAAA